AUGUCUUCUUCGUUCCCCAAGGCCCUCGAGGAAGCCGAGAAAUUCUCAGAGCCUCGGUCUCAGGGCGAUGUUGAAUCAUCAUCUCUCACUUCGAAAACCAAGGGCGAAGAGACAGAUGUAUGCGACGAUACGUUUCGCGUAACGUUGGACCCAUCCGAGGAUCCAACUCAGUGGUCGGUGGUCUGGAGAUGGUUCCUCGCUUUUCUAGUUACCUUUGCUGGGUUCUGUUCAACGUUUGCGUCUUCUGCUGCAUCGUUUACGGAAGAUGGACUCGUGGAGGACUUGCAUACAAGCCACGAGGUGUCAAUUUUGAGCAUCAGUCUAUAUGUCUUGGGCAUGGGCCUUGGCCCUCUCCUCGUUGGGCCCUUAUCCGAAGUCUAUGGUCGGAACAUCAUUUACCAGGUGUCAUAUGUUCUAUUCUUUGCCUUUACUUGGCCGACUGCAUUUCCUCCUGAUAUGGCUACCUUCCUUGUCUUUCGGUUCAUCUCUGGCUUUUGCAGUUCUGCGUUCUUGAGUGUCGCAGGAGGCAGCGUUGGGGACCUAUUUGCUGGUGCUGAGGUUGCAAGCCCUAUGGCAAUGUAUGCUCUAGGGCCUUUCCUCGGACCCGCAAUGGGACCCAUGAUAUCGGCUAUUAUCUGUCAGCACAUAGACUGGCGCUGGACCUAUCGUCUUUUGCUAAUUAUGCAAUUCUCGAUAAUUAUCCUGCUGUUUACGGUCAUCCCAGAAACAUACGAACCAGCCUUGCUCAAGCGGAAGGCAGCACGAUUACGGAAAGAGACAGGUAAUAGCGAAUACUGGGCUCCCCUCGAUCGUCAGACAUGGUCAUUGUCUGAAAAAAUAUUGUCAAGCUGCUCUACACCAUUCAAGCUUUUGCUGUUUGACCACAUGGUUCUGCUACUAGAUACAUGGAGUGCUCUAAUCCUCGGGAUAUUAUACCUUACCUUUGAAGCAUACCCGAUCAUUUUUCAAGGCUUACAUGGAUUCAACAUGCAGGACACAGGCCUAUCGUUUUUGGGCAUAGCGAUUGGCUUGACAGCUGCUACAUUGACACAGCCGUUCUGGAACAGGUUUAUCCAGAAACAAGCAGCCAAAUAUGAUGGGAAGCCACCGCCAGAGGUGCAACUCAUCAGGGGCCAGGUCGGCGGUGUAAUUGCUCCUAUCGGGCUGUUCUGGCUGGCGUUCACGACAUAUCGGAGCGUCCCAUGGAUCGUGCCCAUUAUCGCAUCUGUGCUGUUCGGUUUUGGCUCGUACUACAUGUUCACGUCGACGUUCACCUACCUCGUCAUCGCAUACCGCCCAGUCGCUGCGUCCGCAUUAGCUAGCAACACCGCAUGGCGGUUGACGUUCGCUGCAAUCUUUCCGUUAUUCGCCAACCAGAUGUAUAACCGUCUGGGUACGGUCGGUGCGACGGCGCUCUUGGCGGGCUUGUUGACGCUGAUGAUGCCUCUUCCGUUCUUCAUCUACAGAAUGGGUGCACGCCUCCGGAAGAACUCGCCAUAUUCCGUUGCCUCAUGA